CCCCUCUAAGCGGCGCAGCAAUCAGCUACAUGUUUACUUGCUUUGUCAGCGGUGUCCCCGCAGCACACAUCUCAUGGACUUUACCUGCUGCUGAUAAAAACCUUGGACUUCUGUCUCAGAUAGAGACUUAUUUCACAGUCAGGGCUCCUUAUCAGCGGUUUUUGUGGCCAGCCUCUUUAGGACAUUGAGCGGGGGGACACGUCGGGUUCACAGUUUUAGCUAACGGAAAGAUGACGUUAAAAUCCAAUAAAAACGAACCUGCGGUCAUACUGGAGUCGGUUAACAGCGUCCGGACAGCCCUCUCCGAUCUGUACCUGGAGAAGCUCCUCCAAAAUAAACCAAAGUCUGACAAGGCUGCUAUGCAAACCUAUGAAAAUAAGGGAGCUGAGGUAUACACUAACGGGAGUGCUGGACACUUGAAUGGCACAGAACUGAACAAGAUGAAAGAAGUAGAAUUUGAAAAGAAUCCUUCAGAGCCAAUGGGGGUCACGCUGAAGCUGAACGACAAACAGAGGUGCACUGUGGCCAGAAUAUUGCACGGGGGCAUGAUCCACAGGCAAGGUUCCUUACAUGAAGGGGACGAAAUAAAAGAAAUCAAUGGGAAAAGUGUGACCGACCACAGUGUAGAUCAGCUCCAGAAGAUCCUGAAAGAAACCAAUGGAGUAGUCACGAUGAAGAUCGUCCCCAACCUGCAGAGUCGAUCCCGAGCCUGUGAGAUGUACAUGAGGGCCCAGUUUGACUAUGACCCCGCCAAGGAUGAUCUCAUCCCAUGCAAAGAGGCAGGUCUGAAGUUUCAAACUGGUGACAUCAUUCAGAUUAUCAACAAGCAGGAUCCCAACUGGUGGCAGGGCCGAGUGGAGAGCGCUGCUGCUGACUUCGCUGGACUGAUUCCCUCCCUCGAGCUCCAGGAAUGGAGGGUGGCAAGUAAAAGCAAGGCCAAAGAGGGCAGUCAGUCCUGCAGCCCUUUUGGGAAAAAAAAGAAGUGCAAAGACAAGUACCUGGCUAAACACAGCUCAAUUUUUGAUCAGCUGGACGUGAUUUCUUAUGAGGAGGUCGUUCAGCUACCUGCUUUUAAAAGGAAAACCCUGGUGCUUAUCGGUGCACCUGGCGUAGGAAGGAGUCACAUCAAAAAUGCACUCUUGACCAAAUACCCUGAGAAGUUUUCCUAUCCUGCACCACACACCACCAAACCCCAACGUAAGGAGGAGGAGAAUGGACACGAGUAUUAUUUCAUCUCUCAUGAAGCCAUGACCAAGUGCGUCUCUGGAAAUGAACUUCUGGAGUACGGCAGCUUCCAGGGCAAUAUGUUUGGUACCAAAAUUGAGACCAUCCAGAAGAUCCACGAGCAAGAAAAAAUUGCAUUGCUGGACGUAGAACCACAGACCUUGAAAGUCUUGCGGACUGCUGACUUUGCACCUCUGGUGGUGUUCAUCGCUCCGACCAACACAGCCGCCCAGACGGAAAGCCUGCAGAUGAUCCAGAAAGAGUCGGACGCCAUUUUGACCACGUAUAGACACUUCUUUGAUGUGGUUCUGGUCAACAACGACGUGGAUGAAAGCGUGAAAGUGGUGGAGGAGGCCAUGGAGCGUGCCAUCUCCACCCCACAGUGGGUGCCUGUAUCAUGGGUGUACUGACAGACGUCUGGCACCGGUAUAAUACAUUUCUGUUUGUCAAAAAAAAAAUAUAUAAAUAAUAAGCAGUGCAAUAUAUCACAAGGUAGUGACGUCCCAGGUGUGUAUGGGUUUACUUGUGGUUAAUGUUAAUUGUCACUGAGAUUUAUUUGUGCACAAAUGCAUCCCCAAAAAAAUAAGCAAUAUAUAGAAAGGUUUUGAGACCCUCACCGGGGAUGUUUGGCUUGGUUGUUCAGACAUUGGUGCUUUGGGCUUUUGACGGGCUAAGGGAUAGUUCUGGUGCCGCACACCUUUGUGAUUGUUGGAACGUGAGCAAAUGCAAAAUAGGACCACAACUGUGAAUGAAAUCCUUCCUUUUUAAAUAACAGGAUUGUGUCACGCAAAGUAUUAUUUUUUUGGAUUCAUUGUCUGUUUUUCUGUUCUUAUUAGAUUGUGCCAUGAAAUUGUUCAUACAGUGUGUGUGUGUGUAACUCCGUGCAACCAUAAUGUGUUUUAUCUACACCACUCCUGUCAGUCAGUCAUUGACAUCUUCACUUGUCUCAUCUCAUCAAAAUUGCAUACCUCAUAGGGUACUGUAAAGGCACUUUUUUAACAAAAAAUGAAUUUCCCAGCUCUGUUGCAACUGCAUUGACUGUGUUUCAUGUGGAAACCUGUUCUCCUGAGCCCUUAGGGAAAGCUAUGGCAGUUUUAUGUCAACGGGAAAUUUCCAUAGGCGACUAUAGGUCCACAUAAAACCGCAGUUUGCUGUCUGUGUGAUUCAGAAUAAUCCAUACUCCCAUACCAUUUUUUUUUCAAAUAUUUUAGACUUGGACUAUGGAGUAGAAGGAUUGUGUGGGCAUGAUUUCAAAAGACGUCAUGCCUCAAGCAAGUCUAUGAUCAAUUAUAGAUAAAGACUUGCGUAUCUGAGCUGGAGCUCCCACACUUUACACUUCUUCCCUCAUCCACAGCGUGAGGGAAAUAGUAACAGGUUAUACAUGACAAUGAAUUUGUUCACAGCUUCUAUCCAGAACUUCUUUGCACAGUUUCCUCGUUGCAUUAUCAGAAUUGUGUACUUAACGAAAUCAAAAUACAUCAUGUGAAAAAUA